CAUUAUGCGCAUCAUGCGAGUAACGGAACGCACCCAACGACUACAUUAACCUGAAAAGCAUAGGCAGUACAGUUUAAUAGACGAUUCGUAUAAUCGCGAGGUAGAUACCUCAUGAACGGCUAUCGUAAGGGUGCUUGUAAGAAUUGUGGCGCAAUGACUCACAAGAAAAGACUGUGUAGGGUUGGCACAAAGUACACUAAUUUCAUGAUAGCGCCGGAUGAAUUUAUCCAACCCGAACUGUCUGUGAACUACAAUGGUAAGAGAGACGGAUGAUCCUUCCAAGCACAGAGCAAUUGUCAAAGAGUACCAAAAGAUAGAAGAAGCCAAGAGGCAGAUGCUUGCCGAGAAACUCAAUGCAGAGGAGGAAAACGACAAGCAAGAUUCGGACAAGGAUGAAAAUAAAUAUGUAGACGAUGUGGACAUGCCUGGUACAAAAGUCGAUUCCAAGCAGCACAUUACUGUGAAGAAUCUCUGGAUUCGAGAGGACACGGCCAAGUAUCUGCACAAUUUAGAACCAAACUCCGCAUAUUAUGAUUAAAAGACUAGAUCUAUGCGUGACAAAUUAUGCAGAUACAGAAAGUGAAGUAGACUUUAAAGGUGAAAACUCAGUUCGUUUCUCAGGAGACACGCAGCAGCUUGCUGCGCAAUUAUUUGCUUGGGAAGCAAACGAAAAAGGAGUCGACAUACAUUUAUUGGCUGAGUCUACGAAACUAGAAUUAUUGAAGCAGGAAUAUGACAAGAAACGUGAUAAAUUGAAAGACAAAGCACAUGACAGUGUCAUCGAGCGUUAUGGAAGUAAACAGCAUCUCCAAGCACCACCAAAGGCUCUAUUAUUGACGCAGACUGAGCACUAUGUUGAAUAUUUGAGGUACGGUAAAAUAAUUAAAGGAUAAAACAGACAAGUGAUAAGAUCCAAGUACAAAGAGGACGUUUAUCCAAAUAAUCACAUAUCGAUCUGAGGUUCCUACUGACAAGAUGAAAAAUGGACUUACAAGUGCUGUCAUUUUUUCAUAAAAAAUUCGUAUUGCACCGGAGAAUCAGGAAAAAAAAAGCAGCGAAAGCAGUGAGUAACAGUAUGCCAGAUAAAAUACCAUCUACAGAGAAAUGGGACUAGACAAAUCAAAUACAAUGGAUGACAACUCCCUCAACAGUGAAUCUUCGUCCAAGGAUGAUAAAAAAAACAG